GCCAGAGAACCUGAUCGAAGAAAGCGAAGAAAAGAAAGGUAGGGACGGGAGAAAUCCAGCGGUCUCAGUCAUCCUCCGCCUCCAUAUUCCUCCCCGUCGUCGUCUUCAAUCCCCUCCCUGGCCGAGCCUCCCCCUGCUUUCCACGCAACUGCCCCCGGACUCCUCUUCCGCGACCCCACUCUCCUUCCUCGCCCCGCCAGGUCGUCGUCGUCGUCGUCGCUCCCAAUAUUUCCUCCUGCUCCCCCCACUUGGAUCAGCCGGUCGCGAGGAGGAAAAAAAUAUCCCGAAAGCUCCCGGUUUGACGCGGCGGCGGGCGGGCGGCUGCCGAGAUCUGGGCUCGAGGAAUUCGCCGUCCCUUCUCCGCUGAGUUUAGGCGGGGGGUGACGUGGGGGAGUUUCCGUGCCGACGCGGAUCUGCGUGGUGCCAAACAAAGCCUGCCCGAAUUGCGCAGUUCGGCCGGGAGCGACCAAAAGGCAGCCUCCCCCCUUUGCCUUCCCACACAUGGUGGUCCGGCUCUAGGGCCCUUUCGCCUCGUGCUUGGCGGCGGUGAUGGAGCCGUCGUCGUCCAUCACGGUCGCCUCCUCGUCGUCCUACCUGUCCAACGGCUCUAGCCCCUGCUCCGGCGCUCUGGCGCCGCUGCCCGCGGCGGACGGGUGGGGCGGGGCUGGGGGAGGGGGAGGGAGCAGCAGCAGCGUCGAGGCUGUGAGUCUGAGUCGCCUCAGCAGCAACCUCGAGCGCCUCCUCCUCGAUUCUGAACUCGACUGCAGCGACGCCGACGUCGACGUGGCGGACGGCGGGCCGCCCAUCCCCAUCCACCGCUGCAUCCUCGCCGCGCGCAGCCCCUUCUUCCACGACCUCUUCCGCGCCCGCGGGAGCCGCAGUGAUGGGGCAGUCACCGCCUCCGCCUCCGCCACCAGUGGCGGAGCGGGAGGGGAUGUUACCGGGAGGCCGCAGUACAAGAUGGAGGACCUCGUCCCAGGUGGCCGUGUGGGUCGCGAGGCCUUCCUGGCGUUCAUGGGGUACCUCUACACGGGCAGGCUCCGGCCAGCGCCGCUGGACGUGGUGUCAUGUGCUGAUCUUGUGUGCCCGCACGACUCGUGCCCGCCGGCCAUCAGGUUCGCCGUCGAGCUCAUGUACGCGGCGUGGACCUUCAGGAUCCCCGAGCUCAUGUCGCUGUUCCAGCGACGGCUUAUGAACUUUGUUGACAAGACUCUGGCUGAAGACGUCCUACCUAUUUUGCAAGUUGCUUUCCACUCGGAGCUUACUCAAGUGCGUGAAAAAUGUGUUCAAAGGAUUGCAAGAUCGGAUCUUGAUAUUAUGUCUUUGGAUAAGGAACUCCUUCCCGAAAUCGCUGAUGAGAUAAAAAGAAUCCGACAGAAAUCUCCCCCAAUUGAUGGUGACACCAUCAUUUCGGACCCUAUACACGAGAAAAGAGUAAGAAGAAUCCACAGGGCACUGGAUUCUGAUGAUGUUGAGCUUGUGAAGUUGCUUCUUAAUGAGUCUGAAAUCACCCUAGACGACGCCAACGCAUUGCAUUAUGCUGCAGCUUACUGCGAUUCUAAAGUUCUUACAGAGUUGUUAGGCCUGGAACUUGCCAACUUGAAUUUGAAGAACAGUCGUGGGUACACAGCACUCCACCUAGCUGCUAUGAGGAGAGAACCAGCUAUUAUUAUGUGUCUCUUAAGCAAAGGAGCAGUGGCGUCGCAAUUGACAGAUGAUGGCCGCCUUGCAAGUAAUAUUUGUCGAAGAUUAACAAGACUAAAAGAUUACAAUGCAAAGAUGGAGCAGGGCCAAGAGUCAAAUAAAGAUAGGAUGUGCAUUGACAUCCUAGAGAGGGAGAUGAUGAGGAAUCCUAUGACAGCGGAAGAUUCAGUCACCUCACCUUUAUUGGCUGAUGAUCUUCACAUGAAACUAAGCUACCUGGAAAAUAGAGUCGCGUUUGCAAGAUUAUUCUUCCCUGCUGAAGCGAAGGUUGCGAUGCAAAUUGCGCAAGCAGACAUCACACCAGAAGUUGGUGGUUUUUCUGCAGCAAGUACUUCUGGUAAACUGAGGGAAGUCGAUCUGAAUGAGACGCCAGUAACAAAAAACAAAAGGCUACGUUCGAGGGUGGAUGCACUAGUGAAAACAGUGGAACUGGGCCGUCGGUACUUCCCAAACUGCUCGCAGGUGCUCGACAAAUUCUUGGAAGAUGGCCUGCCUGAUGGCCUUGAUGCAUUCCAGCAGCAAAGCGGCACCCCUGAUGAGCAACAGGUGAAGAAGAUGCGCUUCUGCGAGGUGAAGGAGGACGUGCGCAAAGCAUACAGCAAAGACACGGCCGAUAACAGCAUGUUUUCAGCCCUGUCGUCAAACUCCUCAUCCUCGGCGAUGAAGUGAAGGUACUGUAACAGGCUGUUUUCUGGAGAUGUCAGGACUAAAGAGGGAUCGCUGGUCAUGCGCAUGUAUAGUGCUCACCAUCGUGUAAAACUGAAUAUGAACAUGAAAGAAGGCCCCAAAAUAGUAGAAGAUGAUAUAUACUUUGCUGGACUUGGAGUUUGUUGGAGAAGGCUGUGCCAUCCCAUUCCAGAUUCCCAAUAUCAAUUUUCCCAUGCUGGUUGUGAAGACAGAGCCGCGGAUCAUCCAGCUCCGACGCUAUGCAUGCGUGCAGCCUGCUGUAUUUGUUUCGCAUAGCUGCAAUACUUAUAUGUUUAAUAAUAGUACUAGGGAGUAGUAGGUUAUUGAGGCUGUAGCGGAAGUUGGAACCUACCUUAAUGUAAGUGAAAGGGGACAGUUGCCCAUUGUCGAAUUGUUGUUAUCAAUACAUAGUUGAUUUUCGUA